AGUCCUUCAAAGGGAAGUCUUUAUUCAAACAAAGCAAAAAGAAACGAACAAAAAAGAUUAAAUAUAUAUCUUUUUUUUAACUUCGUGAGUGUGAGAGGACAAUUAAAAGAGGUCGUCUUCAGUAAGAAACCUGAUCAAUACAGUUGAUGUCAUCAUGGCAGUCAAUGUUCACUCCACCAAUGUGACAACAGAGAAUCUAUCACGCCACGAAAUGCUGGCUUGGGUUAACGACUGCCUGCAGUCAGACUUUUCCAAAGUCGAGGAACUAUGCACAGGUGCCGCAUAUUGUCAAUUUAUGGACAUGCUAUUUCCCAGUUCAGUGCCUCUAAAGCGUGUGAAAUUCCGGACAAAUUUGGAACAUGAAUACAUACAGAAUUUCAAAAUAUUGCAGGCGGGCUUCAAAAAGAUGUCUGUCGAUAAGAUUAUACCCAUUGAUAAACUGGUAAAAGGUCGCUUCCAAGACAAUUUAGAAUUUUUGCAGUGGUUUAAAAAAUUCUUUGAUGCCAAUUACAAUGGCAAGAAGUACGAUGCCCUAGCGGCCCGUGAAGGUGCCCCCAUGGUCUUCGCUUCCGUUGGUGCCAGCAGCUACCGACGUGCUCCAGUGGCAACUGGACGACCGGCAGGAACGUCUGUAGUGAAGCCGUUAGGCGCCAGGGUGACUUCCCGCACGAAUGACGACGACUCUAACUUAACGGGCACUGCAACAGAGGAUGCCCAGGCAGUUGGCAAGGAUACACCUGAGCAAUUGGUAGAAGCGAUGAAGGAGCGCGAUUUCUACUUUUCCAAAUUGCGUGACAUUGAGAUUCUUUGCCAUGAAAAUGAGGACGCCCAAGCUAUGCCGAUUUUGCAGCGCAUUCUAGACAUCUUGUACAAGCCUGGUGAUGGAUUUUCCGCCUCAAACGCUGAUCCAGAGCAGGAGGAGUUUUGAAUGUGAAACUAAAAACAAAACAACAAUUUAAUUUGCUGCAUAUUUAUACUCCAAGCCAAGUUGUGGAAAGCUGCUUUUGUUAUGUUUAUACACAACAUUUGAAAAAAAUAUGCUGCUAUUUACAUACAAAUAUAUUACACUGUUAUAUUUUCUUUA